UGCGCCUGAAUUGGACUACAAUCCCACAAUGCUAAAGAGUUGGAGGUCCAUGGCGGAGAGCAAUGACUGAGGAGUUUGAUGAAGAUGUGGUAUUCGAGAAUUCCCCGCUGUUCCAGUACUUGCAGGAUUUAGGACACACAGAUUUCGAGACAUGUGCAGCUGUGUUCCAGGAGGCAGAACAAUGCCCAGGAGAGGAGGGGCUCCACCAACAGGAUUUCCACACCACACCAAGACGAGGCCUUUUCUUGAAACUGGCUGACGCUAUUCUGAGGUUGAACCCCUUCCAGCAAGGCAAAGCAUCAAACAGCCCAGAGAUGCAGUUGGAUGUGGGAUUUCGGCAGUAUUCGCUGCAUACCAUCCUGGAACAGGAAGUGCUGCUACAGGAGGAUGUGGAGCUGAUUGAGCUUCUCGACCCCAGUAUCCUGUCCACAGGACACUCUGAGCAAGUGGAAAAUGGCAACACUUUAGGCCUGCGCUUCAUAGCAACUCUAAAUUUUUGGGACCUCUCUGUGCUGGCUGCCUUUAUCGGGGUCCUGAUCGCCCUGCACCUGCUCUGUGAUGAUGUGUCCUGGGUGGCCCUGGGGCCCGGCCUCCUCGCUUUCACCACCUUCAUGUUUCUCAGGGGGCUGAGCCUCUGGAAGACCGCCAGCCUGCGGAUGACUAUGAGAAAGUGCAACGUCCAGCUGGAGGAGCUGACAGCCAACAGCCGCGCCUUCACCAGCCUGGUGAGGAAAGCACUGCGCCUCGUUCAGGAAACAGAAGUCAUCUCCAGGGGGUUCACCCUUUUGCUUGACAGGGUCAGUGCUGCUUGUCCAUUUAAUAAAGCCGGGCGACAUCGUAGCCAGCAGCUGAUCGGCCUUCGGAAAGCAGUGUACAAAGCCCUGAGAGCCGCCUUCCGAGCCUCUCGGCUGGCCACCUGCCACAUGCUGAAGUCGUACCCCCUGAACUCAGAGAUAGACAAUGUGACGAACUAUGUGUCAGCGGUGCCCCUGAAGGAGCUGGGUUUAGGGUUGAGCGAGGAACAGCUGUCAGAUGAGCAGGCCCAGGAGCUCACCGACGACUACAGUCUCCCCGCGCUCAAGGUACUUUUUCAGCUGUGGGUAGGGCAAAGUUCUGAGUUCUUCCGGAGGCUGGCUUUGCUCCUGUCCCCAGUGCACAUGCCCACAGAUUUGGGUCUAAGCCCUGAGCAUCUGAUGCACCAAGUAGUGAUGGAGGUGUCAGGGCCGCUGCACCGCACGCUGACCACAUGCCUGGAGGAACUGCGCCGCAGCUAUGAGUUCCACCGCUACUUCGAGACACAACACCAGCCGCAGGGAGGGGGAGAGCACUCCAACAGGGCCAGGCAGAAGUGCAAGGAGCUCAACAGCCUGUACACUGCCGUGCGCAGCCUCCAGCUCCAUCUCAAAGCCCUGCUCAAUGAAGUGAUCAUUCUGGAGGAUGACCUAGAGAAGCUGAUGGUUUCCGGGGAGCCUCUGGAGAUGACUUGCGCAGUGUACCAGGACCUGGAGCAGAAACUGAAGCUGAUCCAGCCACACAUGCAGGCCAGCUCAAGCUGCUGGGAAGAGGCGGUGUCCCAGGUUGACAAAAUGGUACGCAGAGCCACGAACUGCAAAGGAAAGCCUGAAACUCCAGAUGAGAGCUUCACUCCUAUCCUCACUCCCACGUCCCGUCCUGUCACACUGAUCGAGGACAGAGAUCCCGUCCCAGAGGAGCAGGAGCUGGAAGCCUAUGUGAAUGACUCCGAGUCGGAUGGAGAGGGCGGGGGGGCGGGGUUUGACUACCUGUCUCUGGAGGAGAGAGAGCGGCAGAAGAAGGAAGGCGAGGAAUCCAAGAGGGUCUUACUGGAGCUCAAAUCAGUGCUGGGUCUCCGAGCCUCCGAGAUGGAGAGGCAGAAGUGGAAGCAACUGCUGUUCAGCGAUCAAGCUAUUUUGAAGCCUGUAGUGCCUGCAGAGACUUUGGAGCCUGUUGGUACCCCCGAUUCACCCCUGGACACAGCCUCCCCUCCACAGGAGUACAGUCGGUAUAAUCAUGUCCCUAAAGAGGAGGGUGACUGUAGCAGUGAGUUCACUGGCAAUGCUGCAGACUGUCAGACAGAGUAUUGCUGUGCUCUGCCAGAGGGGGAGCAGAGUGAGGAGGACAGUACAGACAGGGAGACAUUGAACUCCCACAGGGAUGAGGGACUGCUGCACUAUCAGUACGACGGGACGGAAGCAGAUACUGAGAAUGAUGCAGCUGCUGCUGAAACCAUGCCCUCCCAGGACGUUUUGGAGAAAGUUUUGCCAGCCACUGUCCACGAGAGGCUGAGUGGACUGCAUGGGUCUGCAGCCAUUAGUUUCAGCUCUGCUUUAGCUGCUCAGGCAGCGGCCAGAUCGUAUGCCUUCUCCAGCAUGCAGGAGCAGACCUUCGGAGAGGAUGAGGAUGAGGAUGGGGAUGGGAGGGAGGGCGGAGGAAAACUGAGCAGUGACUCUGAGGAAUAGAGAAGGUGGAGUUGCUUUACUGGCACGCAUUCUUGGAAACUGUACAAAUGGAUAUUAAUUUAAUAUUUUCUGUAAUUUAUAGAAAUCCUGUAAAGUUAUGUCUGUUUAAUUGUGUCAUUUUAAAACACAACUUUUAUUUUAAUGACAGAAAAGUAUUGUCUUUUAUGGAUGAACAGAAUAUGUAACCAGAAUGCUUUAAUAUUCCUGUACCUCAUUUCCACUGUCCAUAAUACUGUUCUGGAAAUCAUUCUUGAUUAGAACCCCCUUUCUAACUGUACCUCUUCCCCUCUACAUGAGGGGGGGGUGGGGUGGGGGGAGGGUCAACAUUGGCUGUGCAGUUCAAAAGAUGAAUACCUCAUAAUGGGUCAGGAUGGCUCGGUCUUCCCACAAAUGCGUUCUAUACAUGUUUAUUGUUUGGUAGUAUGUCUGAGAUGGUAAGAAACCACUGUGAGCGGUUUAAGAACGGUGGUUAACAAGAACUCAUUAGAGCAUGCUUCUGUCUGAGCUGGGCAACACUGGACAAUGGAAAUGUAGUAUCAAAGCACCUUGCAAGGAGUAGAUCUGCCCUACCGUCCACCCAACGGAGCAAGGUGCUGAAAUUCAACAGAUUUUCUCUCAGUAUUUUGAUGGUGGGUGACAAUAUCGGACAGACAACUGAAGCAGAGACAUACCAUGCUGCUUUAAACAAUGAAACACACUUAAUCAGUGAUGGGGAUUGAUCUGCAGUGUCUGACCAGAGUAACAGCUGCUGAGGCCUUGCCUCUGUCACUACACAGUAGUGGUGUUUUGUGUAGAGAACAAAGCGUAUGCCAAGUAUAGUUGAAAGUACAGGUUGUGUUCUUGGGUAUGGUACCUGUACAUUUGAAUGUAUUUCUAAAACCUGAUUGAUUUAUUUCAUUAAGGUGUGGGGUUUUUUUUGGACACUCAUCUGCUACAUAACUGUGUAGCCUUCUGUAAACCAAAUGCAGUGAUACUGCAUUCAUAAUGUCUGAGCCAACAUCUGCUGAACGGUUUACAAUUGCAUGCAGUUUUGUGUUUGUUAUAUGCAAAUGAUGAGAUGGGAGGAGUGUAUUCAAUUGUAUUCUAACACAACAUUCUAUGCUAAAGGGAACCCAUGAUUGUGUUUUACCAAUAUGUACAUACUAGGACUGUGUGCUGCUGAGCAGUCAUUUGCUCACAACUCAGCUCACAAAAGGCAAAGGGGUUUUCAAUGAUGUUACAGAAAAUAGGUUGUUUAUUGCACAUCAUGCUGUUUAAUUACAACACAAGGAUGAAAGGGUUUUGAUGUCAUAGUGCGGGUAAAAUGAUAUGUUGCCAGCUGGUUUCACAAGCCUUGAUUUAAAUCGCUUGAUUUAAUUUAAAAAAAACUUGAUUUUAAAUAAUUCUCUCAUUUACUACCCAUUUUAUAUACUUUCUCAAGGAAAAUACACAAAAACUAUGUUUUAAAAACAUUUAAUUAACACAAACAACUUAAACUCUUGCCGUCUAUAAAUUAAAACUCUUAGGACUGUAUUCUGAUCACAGCCCAAACGCAAGUGCAAGUGUAAAAAUGGAGCGAAGACGUAAAAAAAAAAAAAUACUGCACUGAAAUGGUAUUGUGAGGUCUUGCCCCGUUAUAGACAGCCUGCCCCUUUAACAUAUUCGCUGAAGCGAUUCUGAUGACAGCGCAAUGGGGUCCCAAACAGACAAUUGAGUGCUGUGUUAAGACCUGCUGAAACCAGGUUUAUUUAGUGGGGCAAUCAGGCACUUUAACAACUGAACACACUAUAAAAAGCAAAGUA